UUACAUCUGGUUAUCAGUUUAAAAUUUAUCAAUCAAGUUUAAAAAUGUCGUCAUUUAUACAGGUGACUUGAUCUGCAACAGUAACAACUGUUACCUGGUCUCUGUGAUGCACCUGCUGACUGGGCAACUUAGAAUAGUGCUUGUACUGGCUCUGUUGCAGGAUCUUCAGGUGAAGCCUCAGAAGGAUAUUUUCCAGGAGCACUUCGAGAGCGACCUGCAACUGUGCCCCGCCUGCUUUUCCACUCAGCGUAAGCAGUGCGAGGAGGUCUUCGAGGCGAUACGAGAGCCCUCUGAUUUAAACAAGCUUUGGAAGGCGAUAACUCUCCUCUUCGAUCGUCGCGAGAUCUUCUGGCUGGAGAUAGGAACCAGCCACGAAAAGAGUUCUUGGCUUCUGGCCAAGCGGAAGAGUAUUGUCUCCAGUAACCAAAGCUUGAGCUCCUUGCAAGAAGAGUUCGUAGAUCUGGAAGAGCGCCCUGGUGGCUUCCAUCUUUGUCGCACUGCCCAGAAGUCCUCACGAUUCAUAAAUUAUUUAAACCAGCGUGGAUAUGACACCGCGAGCAUUUAUUUCUACAUGCUGCACAACAUAAGCCCACUGCUGAUGCAGGAAUUGCAUCAUUUGGACUUUCCUGUGCCCAACACCUAUGCUAUUUGUGGCUUGACUCAUUUCCAGGCCUACGCAGGACGCACUUUAAACCACUACAUCGAAGCUGGUGAGGAUUUGCGUCGGGAGAUAGCGCGGCAGUUGAUCCACUUGUCUCUCAAGCUGACCUUUGGGUUUGCGGACUUUCGGAUUUUCCUCACGGACUUCACCACAGACAACUUAGCAUUCGACGAAGACACCAGAAGAGUGCUGCUCAUCGACUUGGAUUCCGUGGUAAUGGUGGAUGCCGCAUCCACUUCCGGACAGUCGCAAAAGUACGAGCCCUUGCCAGGAGAAGGUUUCACCUUUGAUGUUUCGGCCUUUUGCUCUGGCCGCCAGCUGGACGCGAAUGUCUACCAGGUGUGCGUCCUGCUCAGGGACUUCCUGCUCAAAGAUCUCGAUGAUGAAAGACUGCAGCUUAUGAUGAAGAAGUGUGUGGAAUGCCAAGAUGACCUAUGUGAUAUGCGUUUCCAGUACGCCUACGAUUUGAUAAAACUGCUGGACAGUUAGCCCAGAAUUGGAGAUAAUUUAGUAGUUAAUCGUUUAUAAUCAUACAACAUAUCCAUUACAAUCAAUUUACUCUCUAAA